AUGCUUUCAGAAUUAGUAAUUUUCAGUGAAUCAAGAUUACCCGCUGCUACGCCUUCGGUAGGUUCGCGCUGUCGUAGCAGAUCAAAUUCCUGGCGCGCCCGUCCGUGCACUAUCUUGAAGGAAGAAAGCGAGGAGGAACUGUCUUCAUAUCUCCGCUCAAGUCGCCAUAGUAGUCGAUCUUUUUCCGUCGAUGUUCACAGUGCACGUGAUGCUUCACCGCUGCGAGUUCCAGUCGAAGAUGUCCGUGAUGUGCCUCGGAGCUUGGUUCUCACUAAACCGCCUCAGUUCGAUGACCUCUCUCCUAUAGCAGAGCAUGGCUCCCCCACAGUACCACUGAGCAUCAAUGACUCAAAGAAGAGCACCUCUGAGCUGGUGGCCGCACAGCGAAGGGCUAUGUUUGCUCGUACGCUCUCUUGCGGUGCAAAUAAUACUGCUCGCUCAAGAUUCUCUAGGUCCGACGACGAGGACUCAUCUGGAGGGGCUUCACUGUCCCGUCGGCAAUCUUAUGCGGGGCUUCUGGAUUUUGCACGCAGGAAUUCUUCUCCAUCAAUCUCAAUGUUUAGCGGAACCCGCGAUCGCGUGAGUCCGCAAGCAGUCCAGGAUCUCAUGGAAUUGUGUCGAUUAGGUAAAAUGCUGUCGUUAGCCUCGAUGAUGCCCAUAUUUCUUAUGGACAUCGAGCAAUUGCCUUUGUGCUUUGCAGGUGGUAGUCGACGUGCUGUAAGUCCAGAAAGUAUUAGAAGCAGCCGAUCACCGUCUCCUCCAACUAGUAGUGGGAGGGCCUCCCCAGGUUUGUUAUUGAGUGUCGAUAUUUUCGCUCUACUUUUGUGCGAUUUUUUGAAAUCACGGUUUUUUUCACUGUCAGGUGAUUAUUUCACAGAGUUUGCUUACAUAGCUGCAAAUGAAGUAGCUGAUUCAGCCAUGUCAUCGCUAUCUUCAUUAUCUCGCUUGAAAAUCGCGACAUCUUCGCUUGGUGGUGGCAUGCGGAAGUUAUCCUCUUCGCCGCACUUAUUGGGAAUUUGUGAAGAAGGUGAAGACGUGGAUUCCAACACGGUUCUUCUCACAACUUCUCGGCAGGGGUCCACUAGAUCCAACAGUUGUUCUUCCUCCGAGGCGUCCGAUGAUGAAGAAGGAAAGCGCUUGUCGAUCCUUGGCUCAAUGUAUUGUGGUAGAAAACGAGACGGUGAUAACGAUAGAGAUGACACUGCUGGUGGCCAAGGUAUUUACGCUGUAGCUUUGUUCGAAUCCUACUAUAUCAAGUUAUACCUUACGUAG